AUGUCGGAUGAACGUGAUCUGAAACAUGAUAUUGAGCCCGCUCGUCAUGAUGUCGAUAUCGGGCAGAUGCUUGCUGUUCAGGCUACACCGGAGGAGGAGAGGACGGUUUUGCGAAAGCUAGAUUGCUAUCUGAUGCCUCUGAUGGGGUGUGCCUACUUUCUUCAAUUUCUGGACAAGCUGGCUCUAAGCCAGGCGACGCUUUUCAAUUUACGAGAAGACUUGAAUCUCCAAGGCUCCAACUAUUCCUGGACAUCGGCUGUGUUCUACUUUGGCUACUUUUUCUGGAGUUGGCCGAGCUCUUAUGUGAUCGUGCGUCUGCCGAUUGGGAAGUACUUGGCAUGUUCAGUUUUUAUCUGGGGUGGUAUUUUGAUGUGCCAUGCCGCAACGAAGAAUUUCGCCGGCCUAAUGUGCGCCCGUUUCUUCCUCGGCGUCGGAGAGGCGGCCAUUGCCCCCGGCUUCACACUGCUAACAGGCAUGUUCUAUAAGCGAGAGGAGCAGCCAAUGCGGCAAUCCGCAUGGUUCUUCGGAAAUUGCAUCGCCGUCCUCGUCGGCGGCCUCAUCGCCUACGGAGUCGGCAACAUAAACACAACAGCAAUCGAGCACUGGAAAUUACUGUUCCUCAUCCUCGGUGCCGUAACCUCAUGCUACGCAGUCGUUCUAUUCUUCUUCCUACCAGACUCCGUCGACAAAGCCGUCUUUCUAACAGAGAACGAACGCGCCAUCGCCGUCCAACGCACAAUCACAAACAAGACCGGCAUCCUGGACAAUAACAAAUUCAAAUGGUCCCAAGCUGUCCAAGCUCUCAAAGAUCCACAGGCAUGGUGCCUAAUUCUAAACUCACUUACUUCAAAUUUGUGCAAUGGGGGCAUCACAACCUUCACAUCAAUAAUAACAGCCGGCUUCGGUUUCACAGAUCUAAAAGCCCUCCUGAUGCAAAUGCCUCAAGGUGCCGCGCAAAUCGUCUUUUUAGUACUUACCUCCCUGGCGGUAACAUACAUCCCACACUCGCGCGUGCUAGCCCAAAUCUUCAACACAAUCGUCUCCGUCAUCGGAAUGCUACUAAUCUGGAAACUCAAUCCGGAAGAACAAGUAGGCCGAAUGGUCGGGCUAAGUAUCGGCAUCGUGUACGCGAUCAAUUUGCCCAUCUCGUUGAGUAUCGUUACUUCCAAUGUGGCUGGAUUCUCGAAGAAGAGCGUUGUAUCUUCUUUGCUUUUUAUUUCGUAUUGCGUUGGCAAUGUUAUUGGGCCUCAAUUCUUUUUGGCGAAGGAGGAGCCUUCUUAUCCGACUGGUAUCAAGGCUGCUAUGUCGGGGCUUGUGUUGAGUAUUUUCUUCCUGGUUGUUCUUUACUUUUAUUAUAUUUAUGAGAAUCGGCGGAGGGAUCGAUUGUAUGGUCGGCCUGAGGAUAUGACUGUUGGGGCAGAGUUACAGGAUGAGCUGUCUAACAAGACGGAUACGGAGAUUGAGAGCUUUCGGUAUAUUCUUUAG